GGCAGAAAUCCAACCGGUGCAGCUCUGGCUUGCGACGGAGAUUCUGUGUGCAACAGAUAAUUACACCCUGCCUGUCUCGGAAGGCACCCUGCUCCCUCCACCUCCCUGUACCCAAAUGCCUGCAGCCAGCCCCACCUUUCCCAUCUCUCUGUCACCCUGCCGUCUAACUAGUCAGGUCGGGUUAGGACUGGGAAUGUGUGGGUGAGAAGCACAAGGGGAGAGGACUCAGGCAGUGAAGACGGAGGCAGAAAGAUCCCUUCCAGAUCUUGUCUCCUCGUCCUCAGCGGAAGGCUCGCACCCCAAAGAGGCCAGACGGGCACCAGGAGGAGGAGGAGGAGGAAGCAAUAAUUGGCAUAGGAUUCCGCCGGGAUCAGUAUCCUCUCGCAAGAGCAACGCGGACAAACCACCCUGUGGAAUGGAACAAGGAAGAAACCCGGUUGCCCAGCUGAUUGCCCAGUCUCGGUUUUAACCUCAGAAGUGUUCUUCUCGCUCGGAGGGGUCAUUUGGCGAACUUCGGCCAACUUCCACCAAAGAACCGCCAUGCAGGGUUUGAGCAGCCGGGUCCCCUUUCCUGGGGAAUUCCUGCUAGCAGCCUGCCUCGUGGGCUUGUGGGCUCCCCUGAGCCAAGCUACCAUUGGCAGCGUCUCAGUCGUGUCCAUCCCGGAGACGCCCGCCGAGGGUCAGAACGUCACCUUUGCCGUGGUCAACGUGACAGGCACCAUCCGCCAGAUCGACUGGUACCGAGGCGUGGCGACGGACGGCUCGACCCGCCUCUUCAGUUACUUCCCUGGGAACAGCAACCCACAACGGAACGGGGUGCAACAUACGGGGAGGGAAUUCGGCUUCCCCAACGGGUCCCUCCUCAUCACCAGGGUCAGGCCCAAUGACAGCAAGGUCUACACCGUGAUGCUUCUCAUGCGUCCCAAAGGCUCUCUCAAAGGGUCCAUCGAGCUACAUCUGGCACGCUCAACUACCACCCCCCCACCCCCAACGACUCCCACCACAGAGCCGCCUCCUGCGAAGGAGCUCACCAAACCUCCUUUGAUGCUGGGCUGGAUUGUCGCUGGAGUCGUGGUUGGCAUCCUGCUAGCGGGAGCUGUCGGAGCUGUCCUGGUCUACCGCUUCGUCUUACAGAAGGCGGACCCAGGCACGGGGAUGCCCGCAAGACUGGAUCCAAGAGGGAAAAAGCCACCAGCACCCAAACAUGGUGACAAAGAGCCCAUCUAUGAAACGAUGGAUUCGCCUGUGGAAUCGCCCAGAGUAGAAGGGAAGGCGCCUCCGCCAAUGUCUGGACCUCUCCCCAAAUGUAAGCCUGUCAUCACGCUUUGCAGUUUGCAAGCCGGCCCGACCACUGGGACUACAAAGGGAAGCAUCGCCUGACAUCGCUAUGAAGUCAGGUGAUUGACAGGAGUUGCUUCGCAGAGCAGAAUCCAUUUACGCCGAGAUCAAGAGGUGAUUCCUUGCGUUGAAAGAUGCUCCUCUAACUGCACCCCCCCC